CCUUACACAACAACAUCGAAGAUGGCGGCUCUGGUCGGUUCCCUCGUUGCGUACGGCAGUGAUUCAGAUUCAGAAAAUGAGCUCGAAUCCAGCACAAAUAAAAAACAAGUUGAUCCAGAUGCAGUCGCACAUCUACAGCCUUUGAAAACUGGAAAAAUUAGAAGUUUGGCUCUUAAUUCAGCGCCUGAGGUCGCUGUAAAGGAGGAUGUUGAGACAGGAACACAUCUGGAUCCCUCCCUCAAGGAGGUCAACUACAAUCCUACCUACGACACCAUGUUUGCACCUGAGUUUGGACCUGUUAAUCCAUUUACAACUCGACAAAUGGCUGCACCGAGGAACAUGCUCUCAGGAUACGCUGAGCCUGACCAUGUCAAUGAUUUCAUGUUUGAACAGCAGCGGAGGACAUUUUCUACUUUCGGCUAUGCCUUGGACCCCUCCAUGGACAACAAUCAGCUCUCUUCAAUCAGUUAUAUAGGAGCAGUGGACGAGGCAGAGAAACACAAAGGGCAAACUGUUUUCGAGUCAGGCCCGAGAAAGACCGAGAAGAGGAGGAAGGUGAAAGGAGGAGACGCAUCGGCGAUCGAUGGCUUCCUGGGACCCUGGGCUAAAUAUCAGGAUGAAAAAGAUGUUGCUAAACCCACAGAGGAGGAGCAGAAGGAGUUGGAUGAAAUCACAGCAAAGAGGCAGAAGAAAGGCAAAAAUGAGGAAGAGGCUCCUGGAGAGGAGAAGACCAUUCUACAUGUUAAAGAUGCGUACGAUUACCAGGGCCGUUCUUACCUGCACAUUCCACAGGAUGUGGGUAUUAACCUUCGCUCAGCUGACACACCGGAGAAAUGCUAUCUACCCAAAAAGCAACUGCACGUCUGGACCGGACACACAAAGGGUGUCAGUGCUAUUCGGCUGUUUCCUGCGUCUGGCCACCUGCUGCUCUCCUGCUCUAUGGACUGUAAGAUUAAGUUAUGGGAGGUGUACAGUGACCGGAGAUGUUUACGGACAUUUAUUGGUCACAGUAAAGCAGUGCGUGAUAUCUGUUUCAACAACACCGGUACUCAAUUUCUCAGUGCUGCAUACGAUCGAUAUCUCAAACUGUGGGACACAGAGACCGGUCAGUGCAUCUCAAGGUUCACUAACAGAAAAGUGCCCUACUGCGUGAAGUUCAACCCAGAUGAAGACAAGCAAAACCUGUUUGUAGCCGGCAUGUCAGACAAGAAGAUUGUGCAGUGGGACAUUCGCUCCGGGGAAGUGGUUCAGGAGUAUGAUCGUCACCUGGGAGCCGUCAACACGAUCACGUUUGUGGACGAGAACCGCCGCUUCGUCAGUACAUCCGACGAUAAGAGUCUGCGUGUGUGGGAAUGGGAUAUUCCUGUGGAUUUCAAAUAUAUUGCCGAGCCCAGUAUGCAUUCAAUGCCUGCAGUGACACUGUCCCCUAACGGGAAGUGGCUGGCUUGUCAAUCCAUGGAUAAUCAGAUCCUAAUCUUUGGAGCUCAGAACCGAUUCAGGCUGAACAAGAAGAAGGUCUUCAAGGGUCACAUGGUGGCUGGAUAUGCUUGUCAGGUGGACUUCUCUCCAGAUAUGAGUUAUGUGGUGUCUGGCGAUGCGGAUGGGAAGCUGAACGUCUGGGACUGGAAGACCACCAAGCUUUACCACCGAAUUAAAGCACAUGACAAAGUGUGUAUCAGUGCUAUCUGGCAUCCACACGAGACCUCUAAGGUCAUCACCUGUGGCUGGGAUGGACAGAUCAAACUAUGGGACUAAGAUGAAGAAGACAGUGAGCGAGACGUGUGAGGAAGUAGCCGGGAAACUAAAUCUAAAUUUUUUUUGUCAGUUUUUUUGCCCAUCUGAUGUGAUCUUUAUUGUAUCCAUCAAUUUUAUGAUAAUUCCAGGUUUGUGAUUAUGGUUAUUGGAUUUGCUCUGAGUUUCGUGUCAGUUUUAUGGACUGGUAUCCAGCCCUGAUUUCUAGUUUGUUUGUUUAUUAUCUUUCCCUCCCGUUAAAGAAACUCUGGGCACUGA